AUGAAUGUGCACAUUGAUCGCAUCUCGCGAGCCGAGCUUGAUGACGCGACUAAAUCGAGCGUGAACCGACCUCUAACUAUGAAGAAAGAAGGCAUCCAAACUCGGAACCGGAAACUAUCGUCCAAAUCGAAGAAAAAGAAAGGAAUGCCUGGAUCGUGUCUUCCACUCGGUAGUCACCUAGGAGAUCUGAUGAAACCUUUAGAUCACAACAAAUCUUUCCCGGGAGCAUUUCAUGGAUCGAUGGGUCAGCAUGGCCACCUAUCGGGUGGAUUACAUCCCGCUCAUACGCACAUGCACGGGGGUUGGUACACGACCGGCAUGGGAGCCCUCGGGACGUCCAGCAGCCUGCAGAGCGGGUUCGGUAGUGCGGCUUCACUGGGCGGUGGCGUCGUUCCACACUCGCAAUCAUACCACCUGGGCCUGAACUCGAUGGGCUGGCGCUCGGAGUACACGUGAUGGAACAGCAAUAACUUCAACAGUGGCCUGUUCGAGUUCGGUUCAUCCACAAAGUUGCAGCAUCACCAUCCCGCUCAUCAAGCGCAAUCAAAUCUCCUAGGACACGAAGAU